AUAUAUAUAAUUGACAUCUGUCAGUGUGUCUAACCAAUCGAAGAGCGUAUAUAAAUAGGAGUAGACGUGGAUAAUAAAUUUAUUGUCGAUUAACGAGCAUUUAUACUUAAAAAAGUGUGAUUAAACAAUCUUCUAAUUAUUCAAUAUUCUAUUGAUUGUUAAAUUUUAUAAGUUAUUCAAACUGAAUAUAAUUUUUAUCAAGAUUUACUCAUUACAAUUGUAAUCUAAAUAAACAUGUAAACAUACAUCCCGCGCAUGUAUAAGUUGUGCUAAUGCAUUGUAGUGUGAGUAAAUCGUCAGGGAGGUCAAGUUGGAGAUGUAGAUGUGAAAUCAUGUGUUAUAUAUUUUACAAUUCAGCAGAAACGUGAUUUUUAUCAACCUAAAACCAACUUGCUAAUAAUUAAAAAAUUUUUAAUAACAAUGAAAGUAGGACAAUAAAUUAUAUUUAUGUUUUUAUGAAAUCGGAUAGAAUAAUUUUUUGUGCUUCCUACAGUGAAAUUUAAUAUUAAGUGGAAUAAUUCAAUAUUGAUAUUAAUUAUUCGAUAAAAAAUGAAUUCUUGAAUCAAUUUAAAGUAUAUAUUUUAAAAAAAUAAAAAUUUUAUAAAAUUUUUAUAAUAAUAUAUUGGUUAGAAGUAGAAAAAGUUAGAGUAUUGACACGAUGCAUAGUGAAAAUUGCCCCUCUAUGAAUUUUCGAGAGGGAUCUGAAGCACUUUCAGUUCAUUCAACAGUUAAUUCUUCAAUUUUAGAAGAAGAUCUUGCUUUAAGUUCAUCUAUAAAUGCAACUACGGAUAAGACAAAUGAAGACACAACGACAAAAUUUGUUUUUUACGAACCCGGGCCACAAAAGGUGGUUUACUUGAAUGAAGAGACAAUGGAUUGUAAUUAUUCUGAAACUACAGAAACUCCAAAGAAGGUUAAAAACUUUAACAAUGCAAAUAAUGACGUAUCCAGUCCCGAGCUGUUUAACAGUGACGAUGAAGAUAAUACUAAUACAACAUCCAGACCAUUUAGACGAAUUUUAUCUCAACCUUUACAACCACCAAUUGUUACACCUCGAGAAGUUACACAAGAAGAACGAAUCACACAAUCAGAUAGUUAUUUAUUACAUAGAAUAAAUAAAUUUUUAACAGGAGUACCACCUCCUCCACGGUUAACAAUAUGUCAAAAUGAUUGUUCAGAUUUUUUAACAUAUAUCAAACAAAAUAAGAAUUUAUUUUGGGUUGAUCCAUGGAAAAAUGACAAAGCUCCAAGUGAAGAUGCAGCUAUUAAUAAUGUACAAAAAACAAAUGAUGAAGUUAAUAUUAAAUAUCCUUCACCAAGGGCUAGAAGUUUAAGAAAUUUAACCAAUGCUUUUGACGCUUGUGAUAAUUCUAGUAGUUCAGCUUUAGCAAUUAAGUCAGAAGCGUCUAGUGAUGAUUUUAGUCAAAGUUUGAAUAAAUUAAUAUUAAAUAAUACUGAACCAAAUAUGGUGGAAAGUAUGACUGGAAGUGAAUUAAGUUUAUCAAGCACAUCAACAAAUACUGCUUCAAUAAGUACAGAAAUCGAAUUAAAUUAUAAAGAUACAAAGUCCGUAACCUUCAACGAAAAACCAAAAAGACAUUUAGCUAUCUACCAGACAGCUAGCGAAACUGAAAUUGAAUCGAUAUCUUGGCCGGCAGCUUAUAAACAUAGAGCACAAGGUAUUUAUUAUAACAGAAAUAAAUAUAUAGAAGAAUUUGAAAAUUUGACAUUGAAAUUAUGUGCGAGAUAUAUACAUAAUGAAACUCAAUCUACAUGUACCUCAUGGUUCGUAAAGCAAAUCCCAACAAGCACGAAGAAAAAAAGCCUUUUAGGUAAAAGUCCUGGAAAAAGAUUAAGCCAUUUAGCGAGAAGAAGAAGGACAUUUUCUAGUGCAAAUUUACAAGGGAUGGCAGAAAAGAAACAGCUUGUUCUCAAUUUGAAGAAACCUAUGAUUAGAAAAGGAAAAAGUCCUCGUGGAAAAAGUCCAAGAGGUAAAAAUUCACGUGGAAAAAGUCCAAGAAGUUCGACUAAAAAAAAAUUAUGUAGAAGGUUGCUGAUGAAUAGUCCAAGCCCUUGUAAAUCUAAAUUGGAAACUUCCAAGCGAGCGUUAUUUCAAAGUCCUACAAAUGUUCGAGCUGGACCGAGUAAAUUGAGUCAAAUGCCUUCAUUGAGUGAUUCUCAGAAAAUAAAAAGAGCAUUAUUUCCAACCCCUUCGAAGAAAAAUGAUAAUAUCAACGACGAGAUGAAAAAAAGGAAAUGUGAAGAAGAACUUGAAGGGCCGAGAUCGAAAAAACCCAAAAGUUUAUCAUUUGAUUGUCCAUAUAAUUUAGAAAAUAAUAAAGAUUCAUGGACAGAAAAAAAUUCUGCAGUAACUGUGAUUAAAAGAAGUGAAUCUUUAUCACAGCCAGUUAAAACUGAACUUAGUGAAGUUAAUAGAAAGAAAUUGUUAUGGGCUGUUAACGAAGCUCUACGAUCCAAAGGAAUUACAUUGACUCAUCCAAAGUUUAAACAAUAUGCGAUGGAAUUGGCACGAACAGUGAGAAGAUGUAUGCCAGACUUAGAGAAUAAACAUGCAGUAAAAAGGCCUGGCAGUACAAGUGAUCGUAUGUUAAAACUAGCUAAGCAUUACGUACUCCUCAUCAAUGAUGGAAAAUGCGAAUAGAUAGUGAAAAUAAUUUACCUGGUGAUGUGAAUUUUUUGAUAACGGUAUUGUAAUAAUAAAAUGUAAUUAGCUUAAUUAUUUUUAUUAAACAAUGGUUUUAUUUUAUAAUAUAUUUUUGAAUGUGGUCAAUGAAAAUUAGACCAUUCAAAGGACUUGUUAAAGGACGAUUUUUGAGUGAUAACUCGUUAAGACCUCAUCAUUGUACGUUUAACUUUGUAAGUGAAAAAAAUAACUGUACUACUACAUCUAUUUUUAUUAGCAAUAAAAUAGUAUAUUUUUUGCAAAUUAUAAAUAAUUGAUAAUAAAAAGGCGGCACCUCAGAAAAAA